GCUAUGAAGUCGCACGUGCGAAUUGCACGAAGCGGGAAAGAGAAAAACUGUUAUAUAAACCCCAGCUGUAUUUCAUCGAAGCGCGAUUUGCUUUGAAUAUUCACUUCUGUUUCUGGAAAUUUUUCUCCUUUGACCAACGAAAUUGAUUACAGUCGAUUUCUCUGAUUGAAUCAAAUCCUCGUUCGGAGAACCUUUCAAUCGCGCUCAUUUUCGCCAUGGGCGUCUUCUUCCACUCCUCAGAUUUUCUCCUCCCUUCUUCUACUUCUUCUCCGGCCGGCCACCCACCUUCUUCGACCUACGCCCUUGUUCUGCUCAACCAAAGCCUCCCCAAAUUCACUCCUCUGCUCUGGAAGCACGCAAAACUUCGUCUCUGUGCCGAUGGAGGCGCCAAUCGCGUAUUUGAUGAAUUGCCUCUGCUGUUUCCUCAUCAAGACGCUACGGAUAUUCGAAAUAGCUAUAAGCCAGAUGUUAUUAGAGGAGAUAUGGAUUCAAUUCGGACAGAAGUACUAGAUUUUUAUGCUAAGCAAGGAACCAAGAUAUUUGAUGAAUCUGAAGAUCAGGAUACCACAGACCUACAUAAAUGUGUUGCAUAUAUUCUUCAAUCUAUGCCAAAUCAGGAGUCUAAUCUGUGCAUACUUGUUGCUGGAGCUCUUGGUGGACGGUUUGAUCAUGAGAUGGGAAACAUCAAUGUUCUAUGCCGUUUCUCUAGCACGCGCAUAAUCCUUCUGUCUGAUGAUUGUCUUAUUCAUCUUCUGCCAAGGACUCAUCACCAUGAAAUCCAUGUUCACUCAUCUGUUGAGGGCCCUCAUUGUGGUCUCAUUCCAAUUGGGAUGCCCUCUGGACGCACCACGACCACUGGUCUCCAAUGGGAUUUGACUGAUACAGAGAUGAAGUUUGGGGGUCUAGUUAGCACUUCAAAUAUAGUGAAAGGAGAGAAAGUAUCAGUGCAAUCUGACUCCGAUCUUCUCUGGACUAUCUCAUUAAAAGGCAAUGAAACAAGGCAUUCUAGCACGUAGUGCCAAAUUUAGCAAUGCUUCCUUGCAUUCUCAGCGUUAGGUAAUGAAAUCUUCUUUCUCCACCUAAAAUAAGAAUAACUUUGAAGAUCUACCCCUUGAUUUUUUGUGCUUUUCUAGAAUUUGAUUUUUAAGAAAUUCAUUUUUCAUGUAAUUUCAUUUUUAUGUUGAUUAGGAAGUUGUAUUUGCAAUGCAUAAAACAAAUCAAUGCCAUUA